CUUCUUGAACUGCCUGCUGCCUGCAAGUGAAAAAAUGUCUGGACGUGGAAAGAAGGUUGCUGCGGUGAAGGAAAAGACCUACGUAACCAGGUCUGCCCGUGCUGGUCUGCAGUUCCCUGUUGGUCGCAUAGCUCGCUUGCUGCGCAAGGGCAACUAUGCUGCCCGUAUUGGAAGUGGUGCAGCGGUGUACCUGGCUGCAGUGAUCGAGUAUCUCUGUGCUGAGGUUUUGGAGUUGGCCGGCAACGCCAGCAGAGACAACAAGAAGAAGAGGAUUGGCCCACGUCACAUUCAGCUUGCUGUAAGAAAUGACGAGGAGCUCAACAAACUGCUUGGAGGGGUGACCAUCUCUGAGGGCGGUGUUCUUCCAAACAUCCACGCUCAGCUGCUGCCCAAGAAGACCCAAAGGGUGGCAGACUCCAGCGAAGAUGUCAAUUCGCAGGAGUUCUAAAGAAUCUUAAAUGCUUUUAAACCUGUUCCUCUAACUAUUUAUCAGAGUGCAUCAGUUUAUUCACAUUUUCAAAUAAAUUAUACAUUUUU